AAUGGUGACCUGCUUCACGACGAAAUAUUCCUAAAUAUAUGGACUGAAUUCUUCGCCGACGUGCCGCCGGUCGACGCUCCGUUGCUAACCACCGGACUCAAUUCCGCGCAACUGCCAAUGCUUGCAGUCCGUCUUAGUCAAACUUUUUCGGUCAAUGUAUCGAGUAUGUUCCUACUGGAGCACCCGACGAUUCGCCAAAUAGCGAACGCGUUGGAAGAUCUACUCUCAGAUUCGCCCAAGACAUCUGAUGCUCCGCAUGUCUCUGUUGCGCAGACAGAGUCUCAAAAGAAUGUAUCUCUGGGAAAUAUCGUAUUUCACGCGCCUGGUUCGAUGCGGACACCGGCCAGUUUUCGGUUCUCGGUAGAACGCGGCUUGAAUUUUGGCUCGCGCGUGCCGCUGAAUCGAUGGGACGUGUCGAAUACAACUCGCGCCUCGGCGACGUACGGAAACUUUGCCGAGGAUAUACUCACUCUCCCGCACGGCGAUUGGAAGAUGUCCAAGUCUGAACUACGAAAUGUGAAUCCGGUACAACUGCUCUUGCUCGAGGCAUCACAUUCUAUGUUUGCUGGACGUCACAAAGCUGACAAAAACGUGGGCAUAUUCGUUGGACUCUUCACGAGCUUGCUGACGCCCGGUAGUUCUACCGCCGCCCCGUCGCGGGAACCGCUCGGCAUCUACGAAGGCACCGCCAACUCUACGUCGAUAGCUUCUGGCCGUAUCUCGUACGUGCUGGGCUUUACGGGUCCGUGUCUCCCUGUCGAUACAGCAUGUUCCGCGUCGCUAGUGGCGACUCAUUUGGCCGCGACCUCACUGCGGCAAAACGAGUGCAGCAGCGCGGGCGUCGUGGCGGGCGGCAUUCUCGAAACAGGCUUGCACGCCGCAUUUAGCACAGCUGGUAUGCUCUCCGAAACUGGACGAUGUCAUUCCUUCGAUGGUCGUGCGGAUGGAUAUUCCCGCGGCGAGGGUUGCGUGGGCUUCGUGUGCGAUACGUCUGAAGACGGCCCAUCGUUAAGAGGCAGUGCUGUCAAGCAAGACGGACCAAGCGCGAGUCUGACAGCACCGAAUGGUGCCUCUCAGCGGAUGCUCCUUCAGAGAGUUUCUGAAAGCAUAGGAGCCGGGCACGACGUAGUAGCUCUCGAAGCUCACGGCACUGGCACAACGCUCGGAGACCCGGUCGAAAUUGGCGCAGCGAGUGCCGCACUUCGUGGCUCAACAGUCGCGUGCACGUCGAUCAAAGGGAACAUUGGGCAUCUCGAGGCGGCCGCCGCAGUCAUCGGUUUGAAUUCGUUGCUCCUAUUUCCU